CUAUUCAGGUAGCAAUUCGCAUGCUUGACGUUGGGAGGCAAGCAACAGAGUUCGCCCUGAUUCGAUAGUCUCUCCACAUUGUCGACCGCAAUGAGCAGUAACUCGUCGGGUUCAUCCGGAUCACCACUGAGUCUCUCGUCUCAUCUCAGAAACAGCCCAGACGCACUCUCACGUCCCACUUGGCUCUUCAAUAGUCAGGGGAGACCUGCGCGCUUAUUCGUUCAAGCCGGAAAAGAACGAACUCGUUCCCCCAUCGAAAAAACGCACUUGUACAGUUGCAGUGGCCACCGAUCCGGUCCAGGUCAGGGAUGAGGACAAAGAAUAUGAACUCGAAACACUUUGAAGCAAUUCUAUCACACAUAAGCAUUACUAUUACUUUUGUUUGUUCCAACAUGUUCUCAUUAUCACCGCACUAAUUAGAAGAAUUUCCAUUUUUAUAUCCCAUUCCACUUAUGAUGCUCUCGCUUAUUUGUUUACAUUCCUAUAACUUGAAGAUCUGAGGCCGUAUUUAUUAUUCGUACCUUGAGG